UUGAACUGAACCCCUGUAGACUAGAGUCCACCUUCAGCUUUCUUCGGACUUCUCGAACUUUGUCAAACUCAGACGUAACUUGAAUGCGCUCAUUAUUUCUUAAGCCUUUGGAGGCUGAAACAUUGCUCGGCGUUUCUCUUUUCAGGGUUUGACUUUUUAAAACAAUGAAUAGCAUGCAACCUUUCUCUGGUUUACAGUUAACAGUUUGUUUUAUCAUAAGCUUUUCUCUCACUUAUGGAUAUCCGUCCAGCUUGUUCGAGGGGAACGCAUAUUCAGGAACGGUUCACAGGCACAGAAAUAAGAACUGGUGCGCAUUUAUUGUUCAGAAGAACAUCAGUUGCGCAGUGCAGGGCAGCGUGGAAAGUUACGCAGAACCUGAGGCUGCGCCCUGUCCACAGCAUCAGCCUGACUGCGAGCAACAAGUGAUAUACCGGACUCGGUUUCGGCCUACUUACAAGAUAGCAUACAAGCUAGUGACAGAGCUAGAAUGGAGGUGCUGUCCAGGAUACCAGGGUCCAGACUGCAGAGAACUAAAAGGCUCUCCAAACAGACAGCCAGUACAUCCACAAUCACACCAACCAUACCAUCCAGGACAACCACGACAUGCACAGAGACCAGAAAGACGAGAAACCGGCCAAUAUGAUGUCAGACGAGCCGACAAAACACGCAUGUUGGAAGGAGAAGUGCAGCGGCUUUCUCAAAAAGUACUGGAUCUUCAAUCGGCAAUGACGGGUAUGGCCGAGAACCUGCGCACAGAUCUACAGGAGGACACCAGCAAGAUGCUCAUUACUCUCCUCAAUGACAGGAAUCCACCCGACAGCGCUAGAACAGGUGGUACGGAGGAGAAGGUCGUGCAUCUGGACGGCCACCAAGCCACGAGAGGCCACACCCACGGCGAGAGGGAAAUUGAAAAACUCCUUGCCAGGUUAAAUGACAUGACAGAUGCCCUCAAAAGCAAAGACGAAGAGCUCGAGGUGCUGCAGGGGACAGUGAAUGGGCACGACGGGCAGAUCCGAAUGCUUAUGGAUACCUCUCAAGGCUUGCCGAUCACAGGUGCCGCCCAGCUGGACGUAGACAUGCUUCAGACCUAUAUUGAUGGAAAGUUCGAGAAGCUCAAGAAGGAGCUUGUCUCAAACAUGGAGGACCAGGUGACCAGUUUGAAGAAUACAUGCGAUGAUAAGAUUCAGUCUUUUCAGAAAGCGUGUGAAGAAGGAAAGGACAGUGGCUACGGUAGUCUCGCCGAUCUAGUGCACAACAAGGAGGCCGAGCUUAGGAAGGAGAUCCGCGAACUUCGAUUGGAUUGGUCUGUUUCGGACGGUGUAGUGGGCACGAACCACCAAACAUCUGAUUUGAUAGACAAUAGUGACUACGAUGACUUAAGACGGGAAAUUAAUCGAGUGGCAGAGGCUCAUCGUGUGCUCAACGUCCGAGUGGACAAUGAGCUAAAACAUCUAUCCACGCUGAAAAUAGAAGACCUGUUUGGUACACGUAUAGAGGAUUUGGAGGACAGGAUGAACGUCACAGAGAAAAACGCAGAAACGUUUUGCUUCUACGUGGAUGAGAAACUUAACAUGAGAAUUACAGAUGAGGUGGCUUUGCUGCGUCAACUCCUGGAUGAGAAACUCAACGCCGUGCAGGAUCAGUUCACCGGCAUGCUGAUCGAGAUGAACAACAAUUCCCUUCCAGGGUUGUUAAUGGAUUCUGUUGCUGCCCUGCAAACGCAAGUAAGCUCGAAUAAUUUUCUUAUUCAGGGGUUGGAAGACAAAUUUAAUGCCAUUGGUCAGAUCUGCUCAGCCGGCUGCCCGACCGGCAGCACACCCAUUGAUUUCCAAAAACCAGACGGCGUGGAUAGUCUUGUGGAGGAUGUGGGACUCCUCCGAAAAAACAUGGAUUUUUUGAGUUCUAAGAUUAUCAACAACGCAGCGAAGCUUCAUGCAUUAGAGGAUACACUUACUAAGAUGUCACCCCAAAAACAGUUUAUCAACGCACACAUCCAGGACACCCACAACCGGCUUAAUACUUUGACUGGCAAUGUUAAUGGGUUGACUGGCGCUAUAAGAGGAUUGGGAGACACUGUAAGCAAAUUUAGCCAAGAUCUUCAUAUUUUAAACUCAACGUGCUGCCGUUCAGGGCUGGUCAGCAUUCCUGCUCUACAGGUAGAAAGCGAACCAGGCCAUAUCCAGAUUGAGGAGUUAAGAGACAAAGUGGACAAACUGAACCAGAGAGUAACAACAGAGCUGAGCGUGUUUAAGUUGAACACAAAUGGAGUAGCUGAAGGUGUGUCCGCUGUGGAGCACAGGGUGACUGCUUUGGAGGAGAUUUGUGGACGGCUUGAUGGUGGGACAAAUCAUUUCCAGGGCUUUGUAGGGGACUUGGAGAGGCAAGUGGCAAAGAUGAACGCCACAGUGGGUAGCCAUUCAGGAGAGAUCACAGGUCUUCAGAAGUCCCUUCAGAACUUUCAGAGCCAACUAGCUGACAUUGCUAAGCAGAUCCUUAAGGACCAUACGACUAGAGAACACGGAUUGCCUGUGAGGCAAGAGAGACCCGUGUCUGUCCCUAACACCAGACCUCCAGUACAACCCAAUAGGCCGUAUAUUCCUCAUAUCCACAUACCUUUGGUAAUACCCCAUAGAACAGUGCCGGUGACCGGUCGUCCCCCCGUCCGCCAGCCCCCUAUCUUACCCUACUUUCCCCAGCCACCCAGGCAGCCCAGUCACCCCGUACAACCCAACCGACUUCCUGCACAUCAGCCGGUGGUAGUCACAGGGCAAGCCGGCCCACCAGGGUAUGUACGCAGAGUAACGGUCAGACGGGAUCAGACCUCAGAGGACACAAAGACACCCGUGACUGGAUUCGCAGGUGCACCAGGCUAUCAUCCAGUUAAUCCUGUCUCAUAUCAUAUAAAACAACCUCAUCCUGUUGCUUAUAUUCCAUUGUAUCCUGCACAUCACAGGCCCAUUGCAACUCCAGUGUCACAGCAGAACUCCUUCAUGGACCCCUUUUCAUUCUCAGCUGGCCUCACAAGACAGACUUUCUCAGGGGACUUUGGCAUCAUUCGCUUUGAUAGGGUGCUAGUCAAUGAUGGAGGACAUUAUAAUCCUAACACAGGGAUCUUCACAGUGCCCACCGAUGGUCGUUAUCUGGUCACUGCAGUUCUUACAGCUCCACGGGGCGAGCAUGCAGAAGCCGCGCUCUCUGUGUCCAAUCGCAGCGUGCAUAAGCUAGACACAGCGGGUUACUGGAGUGGCCACCCGGGGCAGACCCGAGAUCAGUGCAUGUGUGGCGGGUCGGCUUCCUUUAGUCUUAUCCUUCCACUCAGGCAAGGGGACACGGUGGCUUUGGUCCGCACCGCUGGAAAACUGGCCAUUUCGGAAUCUAGAGAGAUCCUCUCCACCUUCAGCACUAUAUUCCUGUAUGCCCCCCAGGCCAAGAGAUAACCCAUAAAUCACUGCUCCUUUAUAUGAGAGAUUUGUGACUGUGCAGCGCAGUUUGGCUUUGGGUAUUUAUCAGAAACGCAGGACUGAGACACUUGUUUGCAAUUUGCCAAUCAGUAUUUUAACAGAGUAAUGUUUUAAAGUGUUGAAAUACCAACCCAGCCAGGCACCUACUGUAAAUGUACCAAAAAAAUGGAGCAUCCUGUUUUUAGAUUGAAGUAUAUUUGCAAUAAUCUAUAUAGUUUCUUUUCAAAUUGUGAAUUUACCAAACAUUUAUAAAAUGUAAAAGCAGGUAUAUUUUUACCACAAUAAAUUAAGAAAUGCUUUU